AUGGAGAAGGAAAACAAGGAAGAUUACACCCUCAUUCACAUUAGCCACCUCCACCCCCUGCACCUCACCGACAUCCCCCCCGCGGUCGCCGCCGCUCCGACGUGCCAUGCCUGCCGCUUGCGGUGCAGCGGCUCCAUCUUCGAAUGCGCGCCGUGCCGCUUCGCGCUCCACCCACCGUGCGCCCGCCUCCCGAAGAUGCUCCCCCACCCCUCCCACCCGGCGCACCCCCUCUCCCUCCUCCUCGCCCCCGCCUACACCGAUGGCGGCAUCGGCGGCGGCUUCUUCGCGUGCGACGCGUGCCGCCGCGGGGGCGUCGCCUUCGCCUUCCACUGCUCCCACUGCAGCUUCGACCUCCACCCGGCCUGCGCGGCGCUCCCAGAGAGUGUCCACCACCCGUCGCACCCCCACCCGGUGGCGCUCACCUAUGAAUACCCUUUCCCCGCGGGCACACAUUUAGUAUGCGACCUGUGUCGAAAUUCGUGCGACCCCAUGCAGUGGUUUUACGUGUGCAUUGAGUGUCAAUUCGGCGGCCACGUCGGGUGCUUCGUGCCCACGUCGCCGGCCAAGGAGUUUUACCAGCAAACCGGUCCGGUUCAGAAGGAUGCAGCGGCGGCGGCGGCGGAGGCGGAUCAGGCGGCGGUGCUUCUGCGGCAGCAGCAGCAGCAGCUGAUGAAUGCGAUAAGUACGGCAAAUAUGAUGUCGGCGAACGCGAACAACUUCUUGAAGUCGGCGAUGAUGGGGGGGACGAUGCCGGGGUCGACAGUGCUCCGCGACAUGUCGGAGACCAACCUGGAGAUCAACUUCAACAAGCCGGGGAGCGAGCAUACGAGGAGGGAGAGGGAGAAGUUCUACGCCCAGAGGAGGACAUAUUUGAACUGAAGAAGAUGAGGGCUGUGCAUGCGAAAACGAUGCUGAGAACGAAGAAGAGUGUUGACUUUUGAGUUGCAUCUCGUCAUCCUGGUCGUUGAUUUACUUAUUACAGUAACAUUGAUGAACUUGUAUCAUUUAUUUGAUUUGAUAGCUUAAGAACUCAACCUAAACUAGUAUUUGGGGUUUUGCUCAUCUUAGUUGCGUAUUUGUUGGUCAUGAAUAUCGUAAUU